GUUUCAUGCAAAUGUUUCGUACGGAAAAAAAAAUCGCUGGGUUAGCCUCAUCCUUCCCAUCAUGCUUGCUAAAUAAACGAGAGGUCGCUGCAGAGAGGUCGUCGAGGAUCGGAGCGGGACUUUUGAAAAUAUAUUUUAGUUUACUUGGUUAUAAUGAACGGAAUAAGUGAUUUAGAAGAGAGUCUUCCAGAAACUCCAGUUCAGAAUAUACACAUAGAGGUCUGUCAAAACCCUCUCAGUACAGCAAAACCGACCCUAAUACAAGAACACACGGAACGUUUAUUACGGCAUCAUCGCGUCAUCUUUGGUAAUCUUAAAAUAACAGAAUUUGACGAUGAAUUCUUGGUUGAGCACGUAAAAUCCAUUACAGUAUGUGACACAGAAUUAGAAACAGGGAAACAGGUAAUUGACAUGUGUCAUUCCAAGCUAUCUAUACAUGUGUACAAACUGGGAAUGGAUGGACCAGGCCAAGAAGAACUUGACGAUGAGGAGCUUUCAGCAGCUAAUCACUGGUUGUUACCUUCCGUUGAUUUUGAUGGAAUGUGGGAAAAUCUAAUCUUUGAUGACAGUAUAAAGACCCAACUACUGCAAUAUGCUCACACAACUCUACUAUUCUCCGAUAGAAAAGUUGAUAGUAACAUCAUCUCUUGGAAUCGAGUGGUUCUUCUGCAUGGUCCUCCUGGAACGGGGAAGACAUCACUAUGUAAAGCACUUGCACAGAAACUAUGUAUUAGACUCUCAGAUAGGUACACUUAUGGUCAACUAAUUGAAAUCAACAGUCAUAGUUUAUUCUCCAAAUGGUUUUCAGAGAGUGGUAAACUUGUUAUGAAGAUGUUUCAAAAAAUUCAAGAGUUGAUUGAUGAUCCAAAUUCCUUGGUGUGUGUACUGAUUGAUGAGGUGGAGAGUUUAACAGCAGCAAGGAAGAGUGCCCUCAAUGGAACUGAGCCAUCAGAUGCAAUACGUGUUGUCAAUGCACUUCUUACACAGAUUGAUCAAAUCAAAAAGUACCCUAAUGUUCUGAUCCUGACCACAUCCAAUGUAACUGGUGCCAUUGACUUAGCAUUCGUAGACAGAGCUGACAUUAAACAGUACAUUGGACCACCAUCACCUGCAGCCAUCUUUAAAAUUUACCUCUCCUGCAUCAAUGAACUCAUGAAGACCGGCAUAAUUAGUCCAACACAGAGCAUUCUGGAUAUGCGGAGUCUAGAGUCCAUGCGUUUUGUAGAGACAGAUGUCACAAAAUUAAGUCUUUACCUUAAAAACUUAUCAGAUAAGAGUUAUGGACUGAGUGGAAGGUCAUUACGAAAGAUGCCAUUCUUAGCACAUGCAUUAUUUGUCCAGCGAGCAAGUGUUUCCUUAGAGGAAUUUCUUGAUGCCCUUUCUAAUACCAUUUCAAAGCAACUUGAAGACCGAGAGAAUCUAAACAAAGACUGAUGUCAAUCGAUCGUAGGCCCCUAAUUUUAACUUAGCUCCAGGAAAGUCCAAUUGAAAACUAUUGGUAGUGUAAUAGAUUAUCAAGCUAGUUGUGCUCCACUCAGUGUCUAAAAACAAGGGUGCACAUCAAAAGGCUAGGUGGAGAAUCAACCUUUCCGGACUGUCAGUCAAACUAAAUUGACCAAUCAGAACCCGGCUAGGAAUACACCUGUGUCUAACAAACACAUGUGUUUUUAAACGUUUAUACCACGACAGAUGGCUCAACCAUCAGUAUCAAGUGAGAGUAUCCACAUACUCAACACUAAGCUUAUAUGUGGCAAAGGAGUCAUGGAAGAGUAAGCUGAUUCAGUUUGGACCAGUAUAAAAAUUGGUACAAUUUUGUGUUGAAGAGAGCGGUUGGCUUAUAACAGUGGAACUAUGGUAAUAAUGGUAACAACAACAUCAACAAUAAUAACAUUAAUUUAUAGAAAAAUUAAUUUUCUAUUGUCAGCGGUGUAGUGAAAUUAGAUUAGUUUCUUUUACAAAAUCCAUUGAUGCUAUUAGUCAAAAAUUUAAUUAUGGUCUGGAGUCUGAGGCUUAUUUUACUUUAUGAAAAAUAAAGCCCUGUCCAGACUAUCAAAUUUUAUUUGACAAAAACUUGUGACAUGCCUAAAUAUGGUCGUUGAUGACAUCACAUCAUGACCAUAUAUAGGCACAUCAUGACUAUAUAUGGGCAUACAACUGUUUUUUGUCAAAAUGUAAUUUGUCUGAGCUUAAAUCCAUGGUUAAUGCAUCAAGUUUAUAAUAUCUGAAAUCUGGCCUUUUAAGUAUCACACAAGUAUUUUGAGCUUUUUUACAAGAAAAAAAAUCGACCUUAGAUUAUUCACGAUUUUCGGUCGGCUGGGCUUGCAGGGGCCUGAAGUUGGAAGAAGUCAUUUCCGGGAGGCCAGCGGCGGCGGGGCGAAUGGUGGUAAAGUCGGAAAUGGCCCUGCCAGAUUUAAAGUUGAAUAUAAUUUUCUUUUCUGCCCCAUUUAAAAAAAAAAAAAAUAAACAUUUUAGGAGACCCGGGUCGGCUCUCCCCACAGAUUUUAACACAUUAAUUUUAUUUUGCUGCACAUAGUAAUACCCUUCAGCACUGACUUUCAUGAGAAAAUCGAUAAUAAAGCAGUAAAAACAUGCAAAAUUAUGAAUUUCCGGAGAUUGGUUAAUCUCCGGGAGAUUCUUGCAGGAAUGCGUGAGGCCGUUCCGAUUUCAGGGAGACUCGCGUGAGUUCUUGGGACCGCUGGGCUUGGAGGGAGCCAGACAUGUGAAAAAAUCAUAUUCAAGCUUUAGUAAAUUUUAAAUUUUAGCCCAGUGCUUACCAAUUUACCAAUCAAAAACUGAUUGAUAUUUAAUACUAAAACUUAGGCCUAUGCCUAUAGUUAAGAAGAGGGGACAUAAUUAAAUGGUGUUUAUACACAAAAACAAAAUUAAUUUUAAUACUUUAAAAUAGUAGUUAUACCUAAUUCUAGUGAGCUAGUGCAGUUUGUUAUAUUAAAACUUUCAUUAAUUAAUAUGCCUACCCACACCCUCCGAUGUGCUCGAUGGUGUAUGUACAUUUGUAUAUGUAAAGUAUACAGUUCAUUCUAUUUAUAUGUCUGUUUUCAAAUAAAGUGUAAUUCUUUA